UAAAGUUGCGCGCGCGGCCGCGGCUCCGGCGGGUGGGCGGUGCUUGCUUUGAACAAAACUUUAUUGUUUCGCCGUGGUGGUGGCGGCGGCGCGCAGGAUGCGCUAAGGCUUCCCCCGCCCGGCCUCGGCAUGUCAGGCAGCCGGCAGCCGCCCCCCCCGGCCGGGCAGGGCGCCGCGGCCUCCGCCGUCACUUCGGCUUCCUCGUCGUCGGCGCCGGGCUCCUGCUCCUCGUCCGCGGGGCUCGGGGGCCCUGCGCGGCCUGUGCUGGUGGCGGCCGCCGUCUCGGGCUCCGGGGCUGCCGCCUCUGGGCUUUCCCGGCUGGCCGGGGCGGCUAGGCCCGGCGGGAGCGGCGGCGGCUCCGCGUCUGGCGGCGGCGGGAGCAGGAAGAGGCCGCUGCUAACCCCGCUCUGCAACGGGCUCCUCAACUCGUACGAGGACAAGAGCAACGACUUCGUAUGCCCCAUCUGUUUUGAUAUGAUUGAAGAAGCAUACAUGACGAAAUGUGGACACAGUUUCUGCUAUAAAUGUAUUCAUCAGAGUCUGGAGGAUAACAACAGAUGCCCCAAAUGUAACUAUGUGGUUGAUAACAUAGAUCAUCUUUACCCCAACUUUUUAGUGAAUGAGCUCAUCCUCAAACAGAAGCAAAGAUUUGAGGAAAAGCGAUUCAAACUGGACCAUUCAGUGAGUAGCACCAAUGGACACAGAUGGCAGAUAUUUCAAGACUUAUUGGGAACUGAUCAAGAUAACCUUGACUUGUCCAAUGUUAACUUGAUGUUGGAGCUGCUUGUGCAAAAGAAGAAGCAGUUGGAGGCAGAGUCCCAUGCUGCCCAACUACAGAUCCUUAUGGAAUUCCUCAAGGUUGCCAGGAGAAAUAAAAGAGAGCAACUGGAGCAGAUCCAGAAAGAGCUAAGUGUUCUGGAAGAGGAUAUUAAACGAGUGGAGGAAAUGAGUGGCUUGUAUUCCCCAGUCAGUGAGGAUAGUACGGUGCCUCAAUUCGAAGCCCCCUCGCCUUCAAACAGUAAUAUUAUCGAUUCCACGGAGUACAGCCAGCCUCCAGGAUUCAGUGGCAGUUCUCAGACUAAAAAACAGCCAUGGUAUAACAGCACAUUGGCAUCAAGGCGGAAGAGGCUUACAGCUCAUUUUGAGGACUUGGAGCAGUGCUAUUUUUCUACCAGGAUGACUCGUGUAUCAGAUGACAGCAGAACCACAAGCCAGCUGGAUGAAUUUCAGGAGUGCCUAUCGAAGUUCACUCGCUACAAUUCCGUCCGACCUUUGGCAACACUGUCUUAUGCUAGCGAUCUCUAUAAUGGCUCCAGCAUAGUAUCCAGUAUCGAAUUCGACCGGGACUGUGACUAUUUUGCUAUUGCCGGGGUGACGAAGAAGAUUAAAGUCUACGAGUAUGGCACUGUCAUUCAGGACGCAGUGGACAUUCAUUACCCUGAGAAUGAAAUGACUUGUAAUUCCAAAAUCAGCUGUAUCAGCUGGAGUAGCUACCACAAGAACCUGUUAGCCAGCAGUGACUAUGAAGGCACCGUCAUCCUGUGGGAUGGGUUCACAGGACAGAGGUCAAAGGUCUACCAGGAGCAUGAGAAAAGAUGCUGGAGUGUUGACUUUAACUUGAUGGACCCUAAACUACUGGCUUCAGGUUCUGAUGAUGCAAAAGUGAAGCUGUGGUCUACUAACCUGGAUAAUUCAGUUGCAAGUAUUGAGGCCAAGGCUAAUGUGUGUUGUGUCAAAUUCAGCCCCUCUUCUAGAUACCACCUGGCUUUUGGCUGUGCAGAUCACUGUGUUCACUACUAUGAUCUUCGCAACACUAAGCAGCCAAUCAUGGUGUUCAAAGGGCAUCGCAAGGCAGUCUCCUAUGCAAAGUUUGUGAGUGGAGAAGAAAUUGUCUCUGCGUCAACAGACAGUCAGCUGAAGCUGUGGAAUGUAGGGAAACCACACUGCCUGCGCUCUUUCAAGGGUCACAUCAAUGAGAAGAAUUUUGUAGGCCUGGCGUCCAAUGGAGACUACAUUGCCUGUGGAAGCGAGAAUAACUCCCUCUAUCUGUACUACAAGGGCCUCUCAAAGACACUUCUGACUUUCAAAUUUGACACAGUCAAAAGCGUCCUGGACAAGGACCGGAAAGAGGAUGAUACAAAUGAGUUUGUCAGUGCUGUGUGCUGGAGGGCACUGCCAGAUGGGAUAUGCUGCUCUGCUGCAACUGGCUGGACUGUUCUGGGAUUAUAAACAGCUCCUGGCUCUCUGAGACAAUGGAUCCAGCACUCAACUGUUUCCCAUUCUCCUCCUCCUCCUUCCUUGUCCAAGACUAUCUCCUCAGUGUUGUCUUCGGUGGCCCAUGUCUCCGACUCCUCAGAGGUACUACACUGCUGUUGGGGGUCAUGAUGGGGUCGCAGCUGAGAAUGACAUGCAGCUCCUUGUAAAAAUGGCAGGUCUGCGGUACUGAACCAGAUCAACUGUUCACAUCCCUUGCCUUCUGCUAUGCCUGCCGUAGUUCCUUGAUUUUCACAUGGCACCGCUGUGUGUCCGUGCUGUAGCCCUUCUCCCCUAUGCUGCAAGUGAUCUGCUUGUAUAUGUCUGUUUCUACGGCUGGAUCGGAGCUGUGCCUGCACAGCCUCUUCUCCUCACAGACCCAGA